CCACGAAGUUCACCUCAAACCGGCCAAACAGAUUGGGAGAUUCACAAUUUCCCCUGUUUUUUUUCUCUGCCACACAAUGAGAUGAGGCAUCUGGGUCCCGCUGGGAACACACCCACAAAGAAACAAAGAGUAAAAGUUGCAAUGAAGACCCGACAACCCAUUUUCUGAAACCGAAUCCCCUGGGCAGGUCCCUUCUGUUCAGCGAUGGCGGAGGCAACACCAGCAGUCCCAAACAAGAACAGAUAUGCAGUUGUUACAGGGUCAAACAAAGGAAUAGGGUUUGAAAUAUGUAGGCAGUUGGCUUGUAAUGGGGUCCUGGUGGUUUUAACAGCCAGAGACCAGAAGAAGGGACUUGAGGCUGUUGAGAAACUCAAAGGGUGUGGCCUUUCUGAUCUUGUCUUCUUCCAUCAGCUUGAUGUGGUGGACCCAUCUAGUGUUGCUUCCCUUGUUGAUUUCAUCAAGACCAAAUUCGGAAGACUUGAUAUUUUGGUGAACAAUGCUGGGAUUGCUGGACUCAUCAUGGACUGGGAAGUUGUCCAAUCAGCAAUGGCAAAGGGAGGAGUGAGCCUUUAUACCUCAUUUCUUUUGGUCUCAAUCAAUGAAGAAUUCAAAUUGAUGCAAUUGUGAUUAUGCAUUCUGAUUUUUCUUUUCUUUUCUAUGCCCUUUUCCCCAAGGAGAAUGCCAUUUAAUCCAAGUCUCCAUUGGUGCCCCCCCCCCCCCCCCCCCCCCCCCCCCCCCCUUAUCCUUUGAAAUGUGCAAAUCUUCAUUGUGCUCCAAAUCUCAUCAGGACAUGAAAAAUCACGUGUAACUUUCUUCUAAUCUCAUAAUCUAAGAAUUAGAAGCUGGGUUUAAUCUGUUUUUGCAAUCACCUUGAUUAAGAAAUAUACAUAUAUAGAUAUCUAUAUAUGUGUCCUAAUUAACCAAGGAUUGUGAAUGCUUCGCCUUUAGCAUAGAUAAAAAUGAUUGACAAGUUAGAAUUCAUAUACCAAACCCAACUUAACUGGAUGAAAGCUUGAUAUGCCAUUGUUG